GGUCAGGGCAAGCAGGGUCAGGAUGGAGUGAUCCGGAAGCAAUUUCAUCGGCUCGUCAGCGGAUUACAUUAAUAGAUCAACAAAGCAGCAGGUUCCCGGCCUCUGGUUUGUUGAGGGACCAACAGCAACAUAAGCCCUGACUAGCUGCAUAAAUACAUCAUGGAAUGCUUGAAGUACAAUGGAAUCGUUUAUCAUUCUAAAAUGGAUACCUGUGGAGUUGCUGUUGGAAUUACUGCCAAGCAUUUGCUGAACAGAAUUGUUGGAAUCAAGACGAAAGCAGAGGAUUUGUCGAACUGCCUGUAUUUAAGGAAUCAGCUUGAUGAUGGGUGAUCAUUGCACAGGUAUUGAACAAUUGAAAGUACUCUGUACAGAACCAGGAAUGGCACAAGGCCUGGACCCUCUCCACUUGCUGGAUACCCUGCAAGUACUUUGGACAAAGAAAGAUAUUCAUGAGCUCCCAGAAGCAGCGAGGCGAGGAUUUGCUUCUCUCACUGACCCACUGGAAGGGCUCCUGGUCAUGUUGGAGAACUGCCAUGACUGGAGGAACUGGAGAAAGGGAAAGCCACAGUCCCUGGCACAUUACAUCAUCGACCAGUUCUGCAAUUGGAUCAAAGACGAUGGCAGAGUCCAGCAGAUCUUGAAACCAGCCAAGCUGCAAGCGAGAGUUUUCUCUUUGCUCACGGAGGUUCCUGCAAACAUGUUGGAUCAGCUGGCCAGCCUGUAUGAAGUGGACAAGGCUGACAAAUCCUCCCAACUUGGUCUGAUCAAUAAUCUAUGCAUCAAGGGCAAAUACAAAGAGGCUGCCUUGCUGGGUAUAAAGUUGGACCUGCAGCCAGAGCUGGAUAUGGAGCAGAUCUGCAUUCCACUCCUGCUUCAGGAUAAAGUGAACCUGGUCGAGGCCUAUAUAGCUGAUUAUCCAGGACUACAAUGUGACUUGUUGCAGCUGCUGGAUUCUUGGUGCCAAUUGACAGUCAACAUUGCAGACAUCCAAAGGCGUUAUGGAAAACUGUCACACCUAAGAUGGAAUAAAUUGAAUCGGAAAGCUUUGAGUAAACUAGUGAUCAGACUGAUGGAGCUUUAUGGCAUUAACCCAGAACUCUGUCCAAAUGUUGUGAACCAGCGCCAAGUGGCUACCAUCAAAUACCUCUUGUAUAAACGCUUUAUAGAGAGAAGUAUGAGCGAAGAGAACUGGUCAGAACACAUUGAGGCUGUAGUGGGAUAUAAACCGCAGCUUCGGCUGCAGUUUUUGACCUUACUGGAAAGACACACAGAUAUGGACACAGUUGCGAGCUGGGCCCUGAGGCUCUGUGUGCCACGAGAAAAAUUACCAUAUUACAUCGCUGAACGACUGGAGAAAGUCAAAGCGAUGGGUUUAGAGAACCGUUGUGUGGAGGAGAGUCCGGAGGAGAUAGAGAACAAGAGAAAGUUCUACUAUCAGCUGCCAAUUCCAACAGAGUGUAUUCACUUCCUGGACCACUUGGAUCAGUUGAAACACUGCGCAGCCCGUGUGUUACAGGCUGGUGGCGUUGUAGGGAUCGAUAUGGAAUGGAGGCCCACAUUUGGAAUGUUAACUCGUUCCCGAGUGUCUCUCAUACAGAUUGCGACGAAGAACUGUGUGUAUCUUCUGGACUUGCCUCAGCUUGUGAACCAGUCUGAAUCAGAGAGUCGGCGAGCUGAACUCACCUACUUUAUUCAGACUCUAUUCACUGAUCAAACCAUAACAAAACUAGGUUACGCUACAACAGGGGAUUUGCGGACUCUGUCUACAGCCUACCCAAUGUUAAAGGAUGUGGUGCAGCACACAGCAGGAGUAUUGGACCUUUUGAAUGUGCACAGAGAGCUACAGAAAGUGCCAAAUCGAAGACGGGACAGAAACCGAAGUGUGGGAGUGCUGGUGUCAGAGGAUGGUGUAGACUCUGGAAACAGCCACGUUGAAAAGGGGCUUAGUCUCCUUGUGCAGUGUGUGCUGGGGAAAUCACUGGACAAGACGGAGCAGCUAAGUAACUGGGAGAGGCGACCUCUCCGGCCCCAGCAGAUCAUUUAUGCAGCCUCUGAUGCCUACUGCCUGCUGGAUGUAUAUGAUGCUCUUUGUCGAGAACCACAGCGCUUUGGUUUGAGCUGCAGCCUUGAAGAGUUUUUGAUGCUCAAAGUAGAGAAGAAGGCGAGGGGACUGAAACAAAAGAGAAACAAGAGCAGUCCAACUCUCCCCUUCCAGUGUGGGCAGACCCUGCAGCCAAACUUGUUAAAGGCAUCAUCCUCCCCUCCUUUAUCACCCUCCGAGUUCAGUGUUGUCUGUGACAACAUGUUGCAAGGAUUGGGCCGGUACCUGCGUUGUCUUGGAGUGGACGUGAAGAUUUUGGAGAAUGAUGAUGAUCACAGGAAGGCUGCUGAGAUUGCUCGCAAAGAUAACCGAUUCAUUCUGACCUGUGGCUUACCUUAUCAUGCAUUGCGUUCACAGGUGGCUGAAGGCCGCUGCCUCUCUCUGAAUUGCUCAGAGAAAGCCAAGGACCAGGCAAUUACUGUGCUGAAACAUUUCAACGUGCAAAUCACUCCAACAGACAUCUUCAGCCGCUGUCAGGUGUGUAAUGGAGCUGAAUACCUGAAGCUUCCAGUGGAAGACAUGCGACAAGCCAUACAGUCAAAAGCUGGCUCAGGAAGAGCAGAGUGUACAGAUCUUCCAACUGCAAUGAGAAGCUCCUCCAGUGUGGACCAAGCUGUGGUAUCUCCACAGACAGACACUAGCAACUGCUCGGGUCAGGCAGGCAGAUGCUCAUACAAUCCCCGCUGUCUUUGGGCAGAUAGGUCUCGGCUUGACUUGAAGACACUGAAGUUUACAAGUGGUGCAGAUUUGCAAGUGGAGACCGUUCCACCUGGGAUCCUGGACAAGGUUGACAUGUUUUACUGCUGCGUUUCAUGUGGCAAAGUGUUCUGGGAAGGUUCUCACUUCAACCGAAUAGCAUCCCAAUUCCAGGAGGUGCUCCAUGUGACUGAUAAGAAGACAUUUUAUAAUCUGUGACCGCUCUUGAUGUGGUAGUCAAUAUUAGUCCUAGAUUAGGCAGAAAAAAUGACAGCUUGCUCCUUAUCAAUGAGGCAUUAUUUUUCCACACAUUGCAGCUUUUAUAUUAAGCAUACUGUCGACGCCAUUCUGGAAAAUGCAUGCCGAGGUUAUAUUCAAUCGUUGCUUCACUGACUAGUGGGACAUACCAGUUACUACCUCUCCCCAUCUGACCCUUCGCCUUGCCACUGACCCUGUUCUUGUCCUGUCACUGACUCCACUUUGCUAUUGCAGGUGAGAAAGCAUCUGUUCUGAAGCUGCUGCAUGUCAUUCUAGUCUGCAUGAUUGUUUUAAUGAUUGUUAAUGGCCAUAGUGACUGUGUUUUGAAUCAAAAACUGCAAGAUCUCAAAGUGAUUCUCCCAGUCCUCGGCUAGCAAAGUUCAGGCAGCUCUGUCUUUUUUUUUAAAUGAGGUUUCCUGUAUCACAUUUUACAUGAAUAAAAUGGACAUUUGCCAAGCUGCUGUGCUACUUGUUACUAUUGAAAUAAGAGAAUAGAACUGUCAUAACAUAACUCGUAUUGCUAUAAAUUUCAGUUUAAAUAUUUCAACAAAAAUCCUAAACAGAUGUAAAGAACAUGAUAUUUUCAUUGAAUAUUUACAGGACAGAGAAGGUCUGUUAGUUCAGCAAGGACUACUCACCAAGUUCCUCCCCACCACUAUUUCCCUCCAGCCCUGCAAUUCUUUCUGUUCUGAAAAUUACCCAAUUCUCUUUUAAAAUCACCAUUGCAACUGGUUCCUUCACAUUUGUGGACAGUGUAUUCCAAAUCCAAACCACUCUUAACAAAAAACAAAUUGUUUCUCCUCAUAUUGGCAUUGCUUCUGCUGCCAAUUACCUGAAAUAUCUCUCUGCUUUUUGAUCAUUCCACCAAUAGUAGCAGAAUUUUACAAACUGUCCAGACCUCUCUUGAUUUUGAACACACCAAUCAAAUCUCCUCUCAACUUUCUCCCACAAGUAGAACAGCUCCAGCUUCACCCAUCUAUUCAUGUAUUUGAAGUUCCUCAUUGUGGAAACUACUCCUGUGCACAUUUUCUACAUGCUCUCAAAGCCUUUAUAUCCUUCUUAGUGUAAUGUCCACAGAUGAACACAGUACUCCAGCUGAGGCCAAACUAGUUUCUGACACAAGUUUAACAUAAUUUCUUUUUAAAAAUGUCUUUCUUGGGAUGUGGGUGCCACUUGCUUGACGAGCAUUUAUUGCAUCUCUCAUCUCCUUUAAACUUAUCCCCUUUUAUUUUAAACCUAUCUCCCUUAGUAAUUACUGCAUACUUCCCUCUUGCAUUAGAUCUCCCUAAAUGCAUCAACUCAUAUUUGUCUGGAUUAAACUCCAUUUGCCAUUUCUCCACCCAAGUUUCUAGCCUAUCUAUAUCCUGCUGUAUCCUCUGACAAUUCUCGUCACUAUCUACAGCUCUCCUAAUUUUUCUGUCACUCACAAACUAACUAAUCAGGCCACUUACAUUCUUACCCAGAUCAUUUAUAAAUAUUGCAAACAACAGUGGUCCCUGCUGAAACCACUGGAUGCAGAGCUCUAAGCUGAAAAACACUCUCCACUGCUAAUCUCUGUCUUCUAUGACAAUUUAUGACAACUUUAUAAUGAUUGCAGUAUUUAUAAUUUGAAAGAUUUUGCACUCAGGCUGCAUCCCUAAUGUGGUAUCUAUUUCCUAAACAUGAAGACUGUUAAAACUGUA